AUGCAGAUAAAACUGAGAGCGGAACCAAAGAUCUGGUGCCUGACCGGUCUUAUCGAACUGAACGAUGUCACGGUGUUGACCGUCACCAAGACCAACCCUUCCGCCAGCGCGGGUGUCUCCUCAGAGCUGGGGUCCAUGAUGGGCUUGCCUGUCAGUUGCUCUUUCAACUUCGACAAGAACUACGCCGUCACCUGCAGCUCCAAGACACCCGGAAAGAUGGUAUGGGCCGCCCAGUACCAGCUCGUCAAGGUGAAACCGGUGGUCAAGGAUUCCACGCCAGGAUCGCAGACCGCGAUCAACUACUUGGACAUGUACCCCGACUACACCUACUCCGAGGGCCGGCGGGGGCUGUUCCAAGCAAUGAACGACAAAAGGGACCAUAAAAUGGACGAUAAGGAGGAAGGGUUCGAGCUCGAAUUAGCAGAUGUGGCUAAUCAAAAAGGUGGCAAGGUAGAAAGAGCAGUGGAUGAGAAGUACUGGAAGGUGUACUACGCUGUAGAAGAAAAAAUGAAGAGUGCUUUACAGGCAAAUGAAAGGCAGCGCCAGGUGCAGCGUUCGCAAAGUGCAGUACGCAACCAAAACCGUUGUACAACAGUCACAACGCAAUCAAGGGUCACUGUACAACGCAAUUAA